CAGGAAUUUGAAAAGAAGCAUUACAUUCCACCAGGAUGUCUAUGAAAUGGAUUUCAGUUCUUCUGCUGCUACAGCUGAGCUGUUGCUUUAGCUCUGGGAGUUGUGGACAGGUGCUGGUGUGGCCCACAGAAUACAGCUACUGGAUCAACAUGAAGAGAAUCCUGGAUGAACUUGUCCAGAGAGGUCAUGAAGUGACUGUUCUGACAUCUUGAGCUUCCAUUCUUGUUGAUCCAAGCAAAUCAUCUACUAUUAAAUAUGAGAUUUAUCCUACACACUUACUGAAAGAUGAUUUUAGGAUUCUCUUCAGAAAAUUGAUCACCAAAUGGACAUACGAUUUAUCGAAAGAUACAUUCUGGGCAUAUUUUUCACAACUGCAAGAAAACUCGUGGAAAUAUUCUGACUGUAUUGAAAAGCUCUGUAAAGACGCAGUUUUGAACAGGAAACUCAUGACAAAAUUACAAGAAUCAAAGUUUGAUGUCAUACUUGCAGAUACCGUUGGACCCUGUGGUGACCUGCUGGCUGAGCUACUCAAAAUACCUUUAGUGUACAGUCUCCCCUUCUCUCCAGGCUUUACAUUUGAAAAGUAUAGUGGAGGACUUUCUCUCCCUCCAUCCUACGUACCUGUUAUCAUGUCAGAAUUAAGUGAUCAAAUGGCAUUCAUGGAGAGAGUAAAAAAUAUGAUAUACAUGCUUUAUUUUGACUUUUGGUUCCAAACAUUUAAUCAGAAGAGGUGGGAUCAGUUUUACAGUGAAUGCCUUGGAAGACCCAAUAUAUUAUCUGAGUUAAUGGGGAAGGCUCAAAUAUGGCUCAUUUGAACCUACUGGGAUUUUGAAUUUUCUCGUCCACUCUUACCACAUUUUCAUUUUGUUGGGGGACUCACCUGCAAACCUGCUGAACCCCUGCCUAAGGCUCUGACAUGUAUAAUCGCAAAAGCAGUUUCUCCAAACACUUCUGUCCAAAGAAUCCGUUUGGACGUCUGGAGAAGGAAAAGGGGGAAAAUAUCAAAACUGGCAUCAUCUGCGAGGUUCAGAAAAACAGGAGUUACAGACUACAAAGAGAAUGCUAUGUGGUUAUCAACCAUUCAUCAUGAUCAGCUUCUAAAGCCUUUGGAUGGAGCAGUCCUCUGGACUGAGUUUGUCACGUGGCACAAAGGAGCCGAGCACCUACGACCAGCUUGUUACAACCUCACCUGUUUCCAGGACCACUCUUUGGAUGUGAUCGGAUUCCUACUGGCCUGUGUGGUAAUUGCUACUUUCUGUGUCAUAAAAUGUUGCUUGUUUUGUUGUCAAAAGUUUAAAAAAGAAAAUAAGAAGAAAAUAGGGAGUAGGCUUUUGAGACACAGUAGGCGUAGUAAACAUUUGAAAUAGCUAGUAAGCACAAGCAAAGUCAUUCUAUUUAAUUCAACCACUGUGGAUCAAGUUGUGACAG